AUUUUACUUUAGUGUCCUUCCAACUUUAUCUGUGAACGAUCAUAGACAAAGCUGGAUAUCCGCAUCACUAGUGAAUGAAUGAAAUUGUCUUAUUCUGAGGAGAUCGUCAAGUGUGGCUAAUCAAGGUACCAAAAGAAAAAUGAGUAGCUCGGAGGAGGUAUCAUGGAUUUCAUGGUUUUGCGGGCUGCGGGGGAACGAAUUCUUUUGCGAGGUGGACGAGGAUUUUAUUAAUGAUAAAUUUAAUCUGACGGGGCUGAACGAACAAGUGCCGCACUACAGACAAGCCCUGGACAUGAUCUUGGACCUUGAGCCUGAUGAUGAAUUGGAUGAUAAUCCCAACCAGUCUGACCUCGUGGAGCAAGCUUCUGAGAUACUGUAUGGACUGAUACACGCCCGCUACAUAUUGACCAACAGGGGUAUUGGUCAGAUGUUAGAAAAAUACCAAUCCGGGGACUUCGGACACUGUCCCAGAGUUUACUGUGAGACUCACCCUAUGCUGCCACUUGGUCUGUCCGACGUGCCCGGCGAGGCCAUGGUGAAGGUGUACUGCCCCAAGUGCAUGGACGUGUACACGCCGAAGUCGUCGCGCCACCACCACACCGACGGCGCGUACUUCGGAACCGGCUUCCCGCACAUGGUGUUCAUGGUGCACCCCGAGUUCCGGCCCAAGAAGGCCACCGUGCAGUUCGUGCCGAGACUAUACGGCUUCAAAAUCCACCCGCUCGCCUACCAGAACCAGCAGCAAGCGGCGGCCAACAUCAAAGCGCCGCUGCGGGGCCUCUCCUACAACAACGGUAAACGCUAGGGGCGCGCCGCUACAGUGUUGAUUCAAAUUAUAUCGUUUUCGUUUUCAUCCCAUCUCAGCGGCUCAAAAAAAGAAUACUUUGAGCAUUGAGCAUUUACCCAAUAAGAUUAGUUAAGUUUCAAGUCGCCAUAAGUAUAGUCAGCAACAGACGUGCCUGAGCGGGCGAUCACGAAGUGGUCAAAAUGAUCACAAUAUAACUUUGUAUUGUUAAGAGAAUAAGCACGUAUGUCAAUCUUUUUGGACACCCCGCUUUGUCAUUUCUGCUGACUGCACUCUGGAAUGGCACCCCAAUAUGGUAGUUUAAUGUCUACGUAGGUGCUAAAAUAUUUGUACGGCAUUGCGCAGUUAUAGACAGCAGAAUAACCAAUGUCUGAAUAUUAUAAUGUUAUGAAUGUUUUAAGAUGUUAAUAGUUAUUUCUUAUACAAGGGUGCAAAGUUGUAUUUUAUCCGCGAGUGUUUCAACACACGAGAAGUAAACUGGCUCACUGUUAAAGCCCUUGUUUUAAAUAUCUGACACAUACAUUUUUAUGGUUUUUAUGCCUUACUAAAAAGUUUCAAAGCAUUUGUAAUAGAUUCAAACUAUGAACCCCUUUUUAAC